GGCCCCGCCUCCGGCGCGUGCGCGGCCGCGGCCCGCAGAGGGAGCCCGGCGGCGGGGCGGAAGGACGUUGUAGGGGUCUGGGCUGAGGAAACACUGUCGCCAUGUCGUCUGCGCUAUUGCCCAAGCCGCAAAUGCGGCGCCUUUUGGCCCGGCGGAUGAAGUUUCACCUAUUUGGGGCGUUUUUUGUAUCUCUGGGAUGCGCAGCUUUGUACAAGUUUGGAGUUGCUGAGCCCAGAAAACGAGCUUAUGCAGAGUUCUAUAAAAACUACGAUGCUAUGAAGGACUUUGAAGCCAUGAGAGCAGCUGGUGUGUUUGAGUCUGCGCCGCCCAAAUGAUGGAACCUGCACCCACAGAUUCCCUUCAGUCUGAGGAGACUUGAUGCCUGACCCAUUUUCAUGGAGUUGUAAAGUGUAAUGCACUUGAGCACAUGGCACACACUUUAAUGUAACUCAGUAAAUAAAUACAUAAAUCAGUGGCA